AUGUUUUUGGAAACGUCAACUUUUUUGCUGUACUCUCUACAUUUAUUGACAGCUUUCUCAUGUCCAUUACAACUACUUGGACUUUACUGUAUCUUAUUCAAAACUCCAAAAUCUAUGAGCUCUGUAAAGUGGAUAUUAUUCAAUUUUCACUUUUGGUGUCUGGUAUUUGACUUGGUACUUUGUGUUUUCAAUGUUCCAAUUAUACUUUUUCCUGCACUUGCUGGUGUGCCAUUAGGCAUUUUUACGACAAUUUUUAGAAUUUCAACUAUUUUUCAAGUUUAUAUAAUUUUCACGCUUCUUUUCAUGGUUUUUGACGCCAAUGUUUUGAUGUUUGAGAACCGAUUCUAUCAGUUAUUUGCGAAAAAAACAAUAUGGCGUUAUAUCCGUAUACCAAUAAUAUUGCUAAACUAUUUUCUCACGAUAACUUUCAUGAUUCCAAUUUGUUUUAAUACUCCUGAACAAUCAUAUGGCAUUAAAACGGUUCUCCAGCUUAUACCAAAGCUCCCGGACGAUAUUGCAUCCCUACCAAUAUACGUUUUAGCGACGGACUCUCGGCUAUUUCUAGCUGUGUUCAUAUUUCAGACAGUCUUUCUACUUUUGGAGUUUAUUCCAUUAGUUCUAAUUACUCAUUGGAACAUUUUCAAAUCAAUCAGAGAAUCAACACAUUCUGAACUAACCAUGAAACUACAGGAGAAAUUUCUGCACGCUGUCUAGGCCCAGACUGGAGCAUUUUUUCUUGCUUGCUUCAUCCCAUACGUGUAUAUUCUGACGUCUUGUUUGUCAGGAUAUUAUAAUCAAGCAGCGAACAACUUCAUUUUCAUUUUUCUUGCUCUGCACGGAGUUAUAUGCACACUUAUACUUCUACGGGCUCACAAACCGUAUAGAAACGCGUGUUUAGACAUUUUUCAGCUCAGUUGGUUGAGAAAAGUGUCUUCUGCAAGGCAGAUAAGAACUACGGUUUCUGUUUUGUUGUGA